AUGAAUAAAGUUUGUUGGCCUUACUUUGAUCCUGAGUUUGAUAGUCUCACUGAAAGAAUAUAUGGCCCACCUUGCCGAGUCAGCAUUGACAAUGAGAGCAUGGAUGGAUGCACAGUAGUGAAGGUAGAUAGUGUUAACAAACAAGGUCUUCUUUUAGAAGUGGUGCAAGUUUUGACGGACAUGAACCUUCAAAUCUACAAAAGCUUUAUUUCAUCUGAUGCUGGCUGGUUCAUGGAUGUGUUUCAUGUUAGAGAUGAACAUGGCAACAAACUAACCGACCAGAAAGUCAUCAACUAUAUCCAGCGGGUACUGCAAUUUCCCAACAACAUUAAGAGGGAUUUAAUGGUUCACCCAAAUGAGCAGCAUACCGCCAUCGAAUUGACCGGAGCCGACCGCCCCGGCCUGCUCUCGGAGAUCUCGGCUGCCCUAACUGACCUCCAUUGCAACGUAGUCGAGGCUCAUGCAUGGAGCCACAAUGCCAGGCUGGCAUGUGUGGCCUACAUUUCAGAUCAAUCCACGGACACGGCCAUCGAUGACCCUAGUCGUCUGGCAACAAUCCAGGGUCACCUCACCACGGUGCUUAGGGCAACUACAGACCCUAAUGAAAAGGGUCUGGACAGUAGCCCUAACCACCCUGAUGUGAAGACCUCGGAAUUUCUUGGAGGCGAAGGCACCAUGACGACCGUGGAGAGGAGGUUGCACCAGAUGAUGCUUAGUGUUAGGGACUUUGAGAGUCCUUCAACAAAAGAGAGAAGGAAGAGAAUGGUGAAGAUUGAAAGCUGUGAUGAAAAGGGUUAUUCAAUUGUGAGCAUAGAUUGUAAGGACCGUCCAAGACUCAUGUUUGAUACCGUUUGCACCUUAACGGAUAUGCAGUACGUCAUUUUCCAUGCUUCCAUUAGCUCCCAUGAAGCCUAUGCAUUUCAGGAGUAUUUCAUCAGGCAUAUAGACGGAUAUGCUUUGAACACAGCAAGCGAGAAGGAAAGAGUAAUUAACUGUUUAGAAGCAGCCAUAGAACGCCGGGUUUGUGAGGUAAUUAAUUAAACUCCACCAAUUACUCAUAAUUAAUUAGGUACUUAAGUAAUAAACCAUGAUUAUUGAAAUGCAGGGAGUUAGGCUAGAAUUGUGUGCAGACAACAGAAUAGGGUUGCUUUCUGACAUAACAAGAGUUCU